CCUCACACUUCAAAUCGUAGCGCAACAACCUCGAAGCAAUCAUCGCAAACAUGGCAACCAUUGCAUACGAGAGCUCUCUGUCGACAUCGUUGUCGCGAUCUCACAUUUCCUCAGAUGUGCCUUCUAUGGCCGAUCAGCUGCCCAGCGUAAACUUCAACUUCGAUGACCUGCGGGAGCGAAUGGCCCGAUUUACAGCUCGAUUCGAUCGAUUCAUUGAAGACGGCAGAAAGCGCGUGUUGGAGGAAAAGAACCAAUUUCGGAUCAACUUGGCUGAAUUGCACGAGGACCAAAAGCAAGUUUCCCGGUCCAUUGAGAUUGAAACUAUGAAGGCGCAAGCCCACGCCGCACAACUAGAGAAGGAAGCUGCCGAGAAGGCCGAGAUGCACGCCCAGAUCAGCUCACUCACAAGCCAUCGAGAUACGCUCUCUGCACAGAAUACAGCCCUACACGCUGAACUCAAAUCGCUGAACGCUACUCUUGCUGCGCGUAAAGAUGCACAGGCAAAGCACGCACGGUACCUAUCGUCGCAAUCACGUCACAAUGUUCCCGAGUUAUGCUUUUGGGAGGAUUACCUAUGCAUGCGAAUUGAAGGUGCCGGGGUUGAGGAUCGGUUACGGUUUGUAUUUAGCCAUCUGAUUGAGAAAGAUUGGGAAAGAGAGGGUUGGUUCGAGCUUGACACCAGUGCACGAGAAUACAAAGUGACAAGGACCGUGCCGAAAUUGGAGGAAAGCGAAGUGGAAGCACUGGUUGAGACCAUGAACGAGAGUAGAGAGCUAGGUCCGUUUUUCAAGGGCAUGAGAGAGGCUUUCGUGAGGGCACUCAAAUGAUUUGAUAGAUUGGGGCUGGAUUUAGUUCGGCGUUGAGGGGAACGAUACCAAGGCUUUUUCAAUUUCAAAGUUAAAUAUAAGCAUAAGAGAUUCUGUCAUGUAUAUGCAUGUUCAAAUGCUCCGAACUGCAGUACGUAAAGUUGACAAUAGUGCAGCAAUGGAGAUUGCGAUAUUGACAAAACUGGCAAGAUCGAUAUGAGCGUUCGGUAGUUACCUGAGCGAGCGAACCUAGACUCAGAGUAGAGUCGAAGCUCGAG